AUGGCGAUCAAUGGUGGGACGCUGUGGAUCCACCAGAACGAGCUGGAGGAGCUGCCAGCGCACAUUGCAGCCUUGACCAGCCUGAAGCGCCUAGCUGUCUCUGGCAAUCGUCUGAGCAAGCUGCCGGACACUGUUGCUGAGAUCCACUCUCUUCGGCACCUCGAGUGCGCAGGGAAUGCCCUGGCUGUCCUACCCGCUGCGCUGGGCUCUCAGCAGCCCCACCUACAGCAUGUGGACGCCAGUGACAACGCGCUGACGCAGCUGCCGGGCGGCUUUGCGGCAGCUGCCGGGCUGCUGACGCUAAACGUUUCCAGCAACCGCCUGAGCUCGGUCCCGGCCGGCAUGCUGUGCGGCCUGCGCAGCCUCACCUCUCUCAACCUGUCCCAGAACCUCAUCGGCGGCUGCCUGCCGGAGGACAUCAGCUGCCUCUCCAGGCUGUCACUGCUGGAUGUCAGCCGCAACAAAAUGACAGCGCUUCCGGACGGCCUCGGCGGCUGCAGCGCUCUUGUGGAGCUCUUUUUGGGCUACAAUGACAUUGAACAGCUGCCGCCGACUUUGUCACAACUGUCUGCUCUGCGCACCCUGGAACUGCGGGGCAACAUGCUGAGAAGCUUCCCGGCAGCUGCCUGCUCCCUCACGCUCACCCUGCUGGACCUGACAGACAACGAUUUAUCAACCCUGCCGCCAGAACUGGGCCGCAUGACAACCCUCCGCGCGCUGCCCGUUUCCGGGAACCCUAUCAGGGGUCUCCGCACCAAUCAGCCCCUCUCCUCCCUGCUCACUUCCCUGCACAACCGACUAGAAGAGGAACCCCAAGAAGCCGAGACGGCCGCGGCGAGCGCGCGCGCAGCUGCGCCGCGGAUCGCACCACGCAGCGCCGCUGUCAAUCUGUCAGGCCAGCAACUUACGUGUGUUCCUGCCGAGCUGUGGGACAGCGCAGCCUGCCUCACGCACCUGGACCUCUCCAACAACCAGCUCUCUGAGCUUCUGGCUGAGCGGCUUGCCGGCUGCGCGCAGCUCAAGGUGUUGAACCUCAGCCGCAACCGGCUGACCGACUGGCCGCUGCCAAGAAAUGUGCUGCCGCUGCUGACACAGCUGGACCUCUCAGCUAACCCGGGAAUCUGUGCCAUCUCGGCUGGCGCCUUCGACUGCUGCGCAGUCUCCCUGCAGCACCUGGACCUCUCAGGUGUGCCAGCGGCUGGGGGCAUUGCAAAUACAAUGCUGGUGUCCCUGCCAAAACUGGCGACUCUGAAGCUGGCGCAGUGCCGCCUCAGCAGCUUCCCCGCACUGCCGCCGGCGCCCGGCGGUGACUCGCUGCGAGUCAUUGACGUCAGCAGCAACCAGAUCUCUCAGGUGCCGGAGGCCAUCAGCGCCCUGCGCGCACUAGAGGAGCUCUGUCUGUCCAACAACGAGCUGUCAGGGUUGCCACCUAAGCUGGGGCUGCUCGCACCAAAGCUGCAUGUGCUUGCACUGGAGGGAAAUCCGCUCAGAAGCAUCCGGCGCCCAAUCCUUGAAAGGGGCACCCAGGCCGUGCUGGAGUACCUGCGAGGGCGCAUUGUGGAGUGA